AUGACCGAACCCCGCAGUCUUAUGACGCUUUCCGAUGACGUAUCCGUCACCUCUUCUACGCGUGUUCCGCUAUUUGGAGCUGAUCUGACCCGGCGUCAGAAGGCCACGGCUUUAGGUAUUUGUAGCGCUGAGAGCGCAUCUCAGCUUUUCUUUGAAGAGGGCUAUGAUUUCGUCGCAAUCCCCUUGACAACAGAGGACUUAAAAUAUCGUGUUGAAUCGUUAGCUCCUACGGAUAAAUUGGCCGAAUUUCAUGAAGUUGAAGUUGGUUACUACCCGAACGAGUUUACAAACCAAGUUUUUGGAUUGGCUUCUCCUUGGAUAGAACUGGAUUCCGAUGAUCCUUUGGUUGUUCAACGUUCGUCUGAAGUAGCACUCCGUGAAGCAGAAUAUGCUGAGUACUGUGGACUGCAGGCUGUUAUCUUAUUCGGUCCUCGAAACUCGACAAACUCAAUGCAAUAUGGUGCUGUCAUAAUGGAGUUACUGAACAAAACCAACAUCAUCAAUAUUUUUGUCCGUAUUGACAUCAGCAACAAUGAGGCGGACUACUUCAGCUCCUGGAAAGUGUGGCAGGCUAUUCGCACCGCUUGCGAUUACCAUCCCCGUCUUCAUGUAGCAUUAGAAAUGCCAAUUAAGGAGUCUCCGCCCAUUGAGCUCAUUAGCCGUUGGUACGCCGAACCAAUUGGCGUACUCAUCAUGUCAUGCUUAACGUUUGUUGCAAAUCCAAAAGGCUAUCCGGUGUUAGGACGAAAACACAAGGCCAUUUUGUCCCUAUUUUUACAGCUGAAACCCCGUUUAUUGCUGUGCGACAAUGAUGAGCCAAACCGUGUUGGUGCCUCACCCGACUAUUCUAUUUAUUUGAAGCACCUUAUUAAGACCCAACCACCGCCUCCCGUCGUGGAAGACUUUGCUGAAGGCUACAAGGAUUAUUUGCAGAUCCCACUGCAACCUCUGAGUCAUGAUUUAGAGAACAUUACAUACGAGGUGUUUGAGCGCGACCCUGUCAAGUAUGCACAGUAUGAACAGGCAAUUCAUGCAGCACUGGCCGAUCGCCCCGAAGACUCAGUGACUCGUAUUGCCGUUGUGGGUGCUGGCCGUGGACCGCUUGUCGAUUGUGCGCUUCGUGCGGCCAUUCAGUCUGGUCGUACAGUAGACAUGAUUGCUCUGGAAAAGAAUCCCAACGCCUUUUCUAUGUUGGUCAAACGAAACCGCGAAGAUUGGGCCAGCAAGGUGACGCUAGUGUUCGGGGACAUGAGACAAUGGCGUCCAGAUUACAAAGUCGACAUUCUUGUUAGUGAAUUGUUGGGUAGUAUGGGUGACAACGAACUGUCGCCUGAAUGCCUUGAUGGAGCACAAGCUGUUUUGGAUGAGGAGACCGGCAUUUCUAUCCCCUCCUCUUAUGUCCCGUUUGUGACACCCAUCAUGUCUCAAAAACUUUGGACCGAAGCUCGGAAGUUGGGCAAUGGCGCGUUUGACCGAGCAUAUGUGGUGCUUAUGAACGCUUUUGAUUUUAUUGCUACUGAUGACGAGUACCGUUUCCAACCGCUUUGGGCGUUCCAUCAUCCCGAUCGUGCUGCCAUUCAACAUGUGGACAACACACAUAACAAGCGCCAUGCUCAUGUUCGCUUCCAAGUCUCGACUCCGGGCGUCGUGCAUGGUUUUGCUGGAUAUUUUGAAGCAACACUAUACAAGGAUAUCUCGCUGUCGAUUCUGCCGACGACUAUGGACGUCAAGUCGCCAGACAUGUUUUCUUGGUUUCCUAUGUACAUUCCGGUCCAAAACCCCAUAUAUGUUCCCGAAAACAGUCAGCUCGAGUUCCAAAUGUGGCGCCAAACCGACGGUACUAAGGUUUGGUUCGAAUGGGCUGCGAACUCCUACACAAUUCUGCGUAAUGGAAAGCAUAUUGAGCUUUCGUCUACACGAAUUCACAACCCUUCUGGCAAGGUUAGCUACUGUGACUUGUCGUAG